GCAAACCUAGACGGUUCUGAGGAUUCAACUCACUGGUCGUGACUGCUCGUGAGCUUUCUGCUAAGAAUCCCGGAAACGAGUCUCAACAAGGAGAAGGAGGCGGUUACAUCCGCAUGAUCAUGAAGCGAACGCCAAUGGUCUCGCGGAGGAAUCGGUAGCCAAGGUAUUCCCUCUUGUGCGUAGGAAAAUGGGCGGUUUUGGGGAAAGCUCGGUCACGCUGCGUGGGUGUUGAGUGUAUAGUAAAGGGCUGCCACGGCAGUAUUUAGCACAGUCUGCAGUCAGCCGCUCAGUCAACCAACAGCCCAACCACAGCUAAAACAGCUAAGAGCUUUUCAGCACCAAGAAACAGCGGACAGCUCCUCAAUAAGCGAACACUAUGGUUCUGAUCUGGACCCAGUUUGGAGUGAAAACCAAAAAUGGCAAGUGCAAGGUCCGCGUUAUGAACAGGAAUGACAGCUCGGGCUCUUCAUCAGGGGAGAACCAGAAGGACCAAGAGGUUCCCGUUCUGUCCAGGCCUAUGGGGAAGGAUUUCUACAAGGUCCUGGGUGUCGAGUCUGACUCCAAUGAAGACGAAAUCAAGAAGGCAUACAGGAAGAUGGCCCUGAAGUUUCACCCCGACAAGAACAGCGCUGCGGACGCCGCGGACAAGUUUAAGGAGAUUGCAGAAGCUUAUGAGAUUCUGACCGACUCCAAGAAAAGGGUCAUCUAUGAUCAGUUUGGAGAAGAAGGUCUCAAGAACGGAGGCGGGGUGUCCAUGGCAGGCAAAGAGAACAACCCCCAUCACUAUAGUUACCACGGCGAUGCCCACGAGACCUUCUCAACAUUCUUCCAGGGCUCCGACCACUUCGACAUCUUCUUCGGGCCCGACGGCGAGGAGGAGCUUUUCAAUCCCUUUAACCGUUUCACCUUCAGCAAAGGUGGUGGUUACCAUGGUAACUACGGCCCCAACGGUGAGAAACUUCGUCGCGGGCGACGGCAGGGCGUGGCGGUGGUGCACGACCUCCUGGUGACCCUAGAAGAGGUGUUCCACGGCUGCUCUAAGCACAUGAAGAUCACGCGGCACCGCCUCAACCCAGACGGCCGCAGCCUUCGCACUGAGGACAAGGUCCUGAACGUGGUGGUGAAAAAGGGAUGGAAGGAGGGUACCAAGAUCACCUUUCCCAGAGAGGGUGACGAGACGGCCAAUAGCAAACCCGCUGACGUGGCCUUCAUCCUCAAGGACAAGAAACACCCCAACUACAAGAGGGACGGGUCCAACAUAGUCUAUACGGCAAAGAUCACCCUCAAAGAAGCUCUAUGUGGAUGCACAGUCAAUGUCCCCACCCUCGACAACAGAACAAUGCCACUACCGUGCAGUGACGUCAUCAAGCCCGGCGCCAUUCGGCGGCUGAGGGGCGAGGGGCUGCCCCAUGCCAAGACCCCCACCACACGUGGCGACCUGGUGGUGGAGUUCCAGGUGGCCUUCCCUGACAGGAUCCCUCCCCAGUCCAAAGAGAUCAUCAAACACAGCCUCAUUGGGUGCUAACAUGCUAUCGAGCUAACAACCACAACAGCUAGCCGAUACAAUCACAGCCUUGCUAGGUGCUAUGACAAUCCAGCACAGCUGGAGACAAUGGCAGGAAUGGAAUCUUUAAAACAUAUAUACCUUUUUGAUUAUAGGCACUAUUCAUCAUCUACAAUGCCACAGGGGAAAAGGUUUACAGUUUAACAGGCCAAUGGACUCCUGAGUGUCUGGGCACGUUUUCUGACUGACUGACUAGCCUUUCUCUUGAAUGAAAAAUGGUAGAGGUACUCUUACUGUGUUGCCUAUAUCAAGAAUGUGGUAUGCCAAUAGAGUCAUUCGACUCAUUAGAGAAGCCUGAGGCCUGAUUGUCACGUGGCAAAAUUAUUCUACCAGUUGUAUGGUGUUCAUAUGUCUGCACUUUUACAUUGAUUUAUUACAAUAAAUAAACAAAUAUGUACUUGUGUACAAGACUGUACUAAUGUACAAAUAUAGUUAUAACUGUCUCUAAAAGAGAUUAAUUUGUCAAAUGUUCAACUGAAUCAUUUGAAACAUUUGUAUAUAUUUGUGCUUUAACUUAUACCAGAUGUUAAUGUAUUAUUCGAAAUUGACAAAUGGACAAAGAAAAGCAUGUUAAAUAAAUGAAAAUAACUGAAUUUUAAAAAAAAGGUUCUGUUUUAUUGUUUUAUUAAAAUGUUCAACACUGGUCAUGAACUAUGAUUCGGGAUAAGAAUAAGCAUGUCCAUAUCACAAAAGGAAAUGUGAAAUACACUGAACAAAACAAAAAAUACAUUCAGCAUGCAAUUUAAAAGAUUUUACUGAGUUACAGUUCAUAUAAGGAAAACAGUCAAUUGAAAUAAAUUCAU